UUCUAUAUCUCAUGACUAGAAUUGGUUAUUAUUCUGUGUUACUAUUUCAAAAUGACCGAGAAGUUAUUCCUAAAAAUCAUAUGGGUGUUGGCAGCCCACAAAACUUUUGCUACGCCGGUUAAGCCAUCGCAAAUGUUAGAGGUUUAUUUUGGUGAAAUUUUGUCCGAUAUUGAUAUUGACAAGAUCGACAUUGCUACGUUUAACCCAGCUCAAAUACAAUUUGAUCGUUUGAAUAUAACUGUUUUUGGUGCCGACGACAUGUAUUUUGAAAAUGCGCUAGCACUAUCGAUGACUGAAACAUAUAACUUCUAUAACAAUAAAACAAAAGAAAAUAUUGUGUCAUUAGCGAUCAUUGACUUGAGUAAAACAGCAGCCGAAGCAGCGGUUCUCCUAAAAGGAAUGUUGAAUUCAAUGCCUAAAAACUCCACUGGUGACCUAAUUACCGGAAGAUCGAUGGCGAGGUGUAUGCAUACUGAAAUCGACACUAGAAUCAUGACGGACAAAAUUAGUUCGAUGAAAUUAGCGACAGACGUUAUAAUUGGAGUACUUGAAUCCAUUAUGGACGAGGACAUAAAUAACAUUACAUCAAAAUUGAAUGUAAUCGAGGUACAACUGAACGAAAUUAUCGAUGAAUUCAUUGGAAAAACAUCGAAAUUCCGGCAAUAUCCUGAAGUUAUGGCUGACUCGCUACUUGCUAUCGCAACGGUUUACAAUCGGCUUUAUGUUGUGUUUUUGGCGCACAAUCAACUAAGUGCUAACACUAAAGUUCUUCCAUGUAAACUGACUUCCGCCUUGGAGAAUUAUCGCGACUUUUACAGUUCUUGGCGAUUGAGCCAAUUCAGAACUCAAUAUAACGAAUAUGACGAUCGCUCUUACUUAAAAGUUAAAUGCAGCGCUCAAGUGACUGAAAUUGAAGAUGUUUUGCGCCACCCAUUCAGUCGAAUAGGCUACACCAAUUAUGUGCUAAUUUAUUGGGUUCACAAUGGGUGCAGUAAUUGUUCUAAAAUGUGUAUUGACGAUCAUCUGGACGGUAAAGUUUAUGAAGCAAACGACUACAAGAAUUUCUUGUACAGGAUUAGGCACAAAGUGGAGAAUUUUUUCCAACCAUCGGUCGACGCAUCGACACAGAUAUGUGAGAAGUUUUCUAAUGAAUAUUUCGAAGUGCCUAAAUAUCCGACAGGAUAUGGCUGGUUGCAGAUGCGAGCACAAUUCUUCCUUAAAACAUCUGAUAGGUGGGGCUCAUACGAAGAUAGAUUCGUAGUUAUUGCACUCAAUGAAACUGAGGUAUAUCGAAGUUCAACCGAUCCCAACUGUGCAGUAAAGUUAGUCGACACCAUUUACACAACAACUAGAAUUGAAAAGAGCGUACGGAUUGAGUUUGCAGUUUAUAAAAACGAACAUGAUUUCGAGGGUGUUAGAUCAGCUCCGAUUAAUUUGCUUCUGGAACGUGAAAGUGCUAAUGAAUUUUUAUGUGGGUUUGUAAUUUGGAAAGAUGAAUUUAGUACUGAUCCUAUCUAUGAUACAACAGCGUCUUCAACAAGUUUAACUUAGAUUGAUUGAGAAUAUCUUUGUGCUAUGAAUGAAAUCGUUUCUGGAGUGUAAAUUGUGCAAUAAAAGAUU